UAAGAUAAUCCCCUCUCCUUUUCUUUAAUAAUUAACAUCGCUGUUUGUUCGUAUCAACGUCAGUCUCUCUACUGUAUAUGUGUGUGUGUCUCUCUCUGUGGUCAAUGGGCUUUCUCUGCAACUCCCGCAUCUUCUUGUACUUCCUCCACCACCACCACCAUCACCACCACCACCACCAAUCCAUGACACCUCCUCCCCCAUGAGGCCUCACUCCCCUGGACCCACCACCACCCUUUGCCCCGGCAGAGCCAUGCUCUGCUGCGCCGGGCUCUGCCACCUCUCCGCCCUCCUCCUCCUCCUCGCCUGCCACGCCCUCUCCGCCGCCGCCGCCUGCGACCCCUCCGAUCGCGACGCCCUCUACUUGUUCCUCUCCGGCGUCUCCCCGCUCGCCCCCGCGGGCCCGCUCAACUGGACCGCCGGCCCCGGGUGCUGCGGCUGGGAGGGGGUGUCCUGCGACCCCGCCACCGGGCGGGUCGUCCGCCUGUGGCUCCCCGGCCGCCACCUGAACGGCACCGUCUCGCCGUCGCUCGGGAAUUUGACCUCGCUCACCCACCUCAACCUCUCCCGCAACCUGCUGUCUGGCCCCCUGCCCUCCGACUUCUUCGCCGCGCUCGGGGAGCUCCGGGUCCUGGACCUCAGCUUCAACGGGCUGUCCGGCGACAUCCCCAUCCUCCCCGGGGACAACGCCGUCCAGACCCUGGAUUUGUCCAGCAACGCCUUCCGCGGCGCGAUCCCGCCCUCCAUCUUCCGGUCCGGGUUGAACCUGACCAGCUUCAACGCCAGCAACAACCGCCUCGCCGGCCCCAUCCCCUCGCCGAUCUGCGACGCCGCGAACGACAGUGCCCGCCUCGUCCGCUCGCUCGACUUCUCGGGCAACAACCUGAGCGGCGAGAUCCCGUCCGGGCUGGGGAGCUGCUCGGACCUGGCGGUCUUCCGCGCGGCCUUCAAUUCGCUCACCGGGGAGCUUCCGGGCGACUUGUACGCCGCGGCGUCGCUCCAGGAACUUUCUCUGCAUUUGAACCAAUUGAAGGGGCCGAUCGGCGAUGGGAUUGGCAACUUGAGCAAUCUCCGGGUUCUUGCUCUGUACUCCAACAACUUCAGUGGCUCCAUACCUGGCAGUAUUGGGAAGUUGGCCAAGCUUGAGUACUUGCUGCUUUACAUCAACAAUUUGACUGGAUCGUUGCCUUCUUCAUUGAACAACUGUGUCAGCCUCAAGAAGAUGAUCCUGCGGGUCAACAACUUGGGAGGAGACAUCUCGGCGUUCAACUUCUCUCCGCUUCAGCAGCUCACGACGCUUGACCUCGGCAACAACAACUUCACCGGUAAACUGCCCCAGAGCCUUUACUCUUGUAAAUCACUCACUGCCAUUAGAUUUGCCAUUAACAGGCUCGAGGGGCAAAUCUCGCCGGAGAUACUCUCGCUGCAAUCGCUGACUUUCUUAUCGAUUUCUAACAAUUCCCUGUCAAACAUCACCGGGGCGAUUGGCAUAUUGAUGAAUCUGAAGAACCUCAGUACUGUUACACUGUCCAAGAAUUUUUUGGGCGAAUCCAUGCCUGAAGAUGAUAGUAUAAUCGGUUCAGGCGGAUUCCGGAGUCUCCAGAUUUUAGCCCUAGGUGGUUGCCAAUUGACAGGGGAAGUACCCAUUUGGCUAAAAAGGCUUAGCGAUUUGGAAGUUUUGGACUUAUCGCAGAAUUACAUCACGGGUACCAUUCCAGGUUGGUUUGCUGGCUUGCCGAAUUUGUUCUACUUGGACUUGUCGAGUAACUUUCUGAGCGGUGGAUUCCCGGUUGAGCUAACAAGUUUACCGGCUUUGACAUCGGCGAAUCCUAUUGCUUUGCUGAACCAGACUUAUCUCGAGCUGCCGGUCUUUGUCAUGCCCAAUAACGCAACUAAUCAGCAGUAUAAUCAACUCUCAAAUCUCCCACCUGCUAUAUAUUUGUAUAACAAUAACCUUACUGGUCCUAUACCGGUUGAGAUCGGCCUGUUGCAAUCUCUGCAUGUUCUAGACCUCCAUCACAACAAUUUUUCGGGAAGCAUCCCAAAUGAAAUAUGUAACCUUACGAACCUGGAAAAAUUAGACCUUUCUUUUAACCAACUAACCGGAGCAAUCCCUACAUCCCUCAAAGGUCUCCAUUUCUUGUCCUCGUUCAGCGUUGCCGACAAUGAUCUCCAAGGGCCGGUACCAACAGGUGGCCAAUUUGACACCUUCCCUAACUCCAGCUUUAUGGGAAAUCCCGGAUUAUGCGGUGCAGUUGUACAGAAGCCUUGUAAUAGUCAACCCAAUGUCCCUUCUAUACUGCGUCAACACCCAAAUAAGAAGCUCAUCGUUGGUCUGAUUGUGGGGACAUGUUUUAUUGCGGGUCUCAUGAUCACUUUUGGCUUGUGGGUAUUCACCAAGAGAAGAGUCAGUCCUCGAAGGGAUUCAGAUAAAACCGACUUGGACAACAUUUCCAUGAAUUCCACUCUUGGGAUGGCUCGGGAGCUUGACAAGGACACUAGCUUGGUGAUAGUGUUCCAGGAGAACAUGAAUGACCUAAAGGAUCUCACAAUAUCCGAAAUUUUGGCAGCCACCGACAACUUCAACCAGGCAAAUAUUAUCGGUUGCGGGGCCUUCGGCUUGGUCUACAGAGCAAACUUGCCAAGCGGGGAGAAGCUGGCUGUAAAAAAACUCUCAGGGGACAUGGGCCUUAUGGAGAAGGAAUUCAGAGCUGAGGUGGAAGUUCUUUCCAAUGCUCGGCAUGAGAAUUUGGUUGCCCUUCAGGGUUACUGCAUCCAUGAAGGCUCUCGUCUACUCAUAUAUUCUUACAUGGAGAACGGAAGUCUUGAUUGUUGGUUGCACGAGAAGAGCGACGGUCCGGCUCAACUGGACUGGCCCACUAGGCUGAAGAUAGCCCAGGGCGCAAGUUGCGGGCUGGCUUACAUGCACCAGAUAUGCGAGCCACACAUCGUACACCGAGACAUCAAAUCCAGCAACAUUCUUCUUGAUGAGAAAUUUGAAGCACAUGUAGCUGAUUUUGGAUUGUCUAGAUUGAUUCUUCCUUAUCAUACUCACGUUACCACGGAGCUCGUCGGUACCUUGGGUUAUAUUCCCCCCGAGUAUGCUCAUGCUUGGAUAGCCACAUUAAGAGGCGAUGUGUACAGUUUUGGGGUGGUCAUGCUGGAGUUGCUUACAGGGAAACGACCUGUAGAUGUGUCGAAGCCAAGAGAGUCGAGAGAGUUGGUGAAGUGGGUGCAGGAAAUGAGGAAGCAGGGUAAACAGGAGCAAAUUUUCGACUCUCUUAUCAGAGGAAAGGGAUUCGAGGAUCAGAUGCUGCAAGUUCUCGAUGUGGCAUGCCUAUGUGUGAAUGACAACCCUUUCAAGAGGCCAACCAUCAAGGAAGUGGUGGAUUGGCUCAAGAAUGUAGGCAUUAAUUCACUGACCCCAAAUGGAAAGUGAAUCUUAUUACAUCGCUAGAACUUGGUGCCAAAGCAGCCCAAAUAUCGUGGAAUGCCGUUGCUGCAGAUUUUUCAGUUCAUACACGUGUAACUUGCUUGUGUAGACUAGAGAAUGUAUUUUCUGGGACAUGUACAGGGGAAAGGAGGUGUAAUUCAGUGACUCGGUCACUAGCUUUAGGCAGUUGGAGAGUAAAUAACGUCAUUCGAGGACCAUCACUCUUUCCUACUUUCUCUACAUGUUUUUACCAGAAUGUGGCUAUACACACUAAAAUGGAUUGGUGGCUUCGAUGCAAAA